AUGCCUUCCUUGCCCCUGCGGACCUUUAGUGUCCAGCUCCGUCUGGCUGAAACUAAUGAAAUCUUUUCACUGCCUCGAUGCCAAAAUGAUUUGGCUCUGAAGAUGCUCAGGUCCCAUUUAGAAUUGUUGACUGGGAUCCCCCUUCACUUCCAGCGGCUUCAGUACUUGGAUGAAGUAGAUCUGCCAGAUGAGUCUACGUUUAAGGACAACGAUAUUGUCCCUGGUGGAACAAUUACAAUGCGCAUCUGGCGACAAGAUGGCUGGGGGGAGCUUGUGGCAGCUGCUGCAAAAGGAGAGACUAUGAAGCUAGCUUGCCUGGGUGUUACGGAGGACUCUGCGGGCACCACGCCACACGCAGAGUUACUGGGACCAGAGCAGAAAAAGGAAUGGGUAGCACACCGAGCUUUCGUGGCACUGUUUGUUGCCAGCCACAGAGGUCAUGUUGAAACUGUCAAGUUUCUCCUGAGGCAUGAAAAGAAUUGUGCGUUGUGGCCCGCAGGUGGCAUUGCCUCCUUCCGUAUGCCUUGUCACGCUGAGACGAUGUAUGAUAUUUUUACAGGUGCGAAUUUGCAUUCUACAACCCCGCUAGGAAGGACUGCCCUUCAUGUUGCCGCUGUCGCGGGCCGGUGUGACUGCGUUGAACUGCUCCUUAGUUACGGGGCACGAGCUCUGAGCCCAGACAGUGAGGGACAAACUGCGGUGAGCCUUGCCCGCCUGUGGGGCCAGAAACUGAGUGAACGCACCAUGGUUCGCUUCCAGCAGAGGAAGAGAUCCCCUGGCGCUGUGCCACCUGCCGGUGCUGUGGAUUGGGCCUUGCAGCAAGCAUCUGGUCCCAUGUCCUAA